GAGCCUCCGAGCCAUGGCCCAAGGCCGCAGGACCAUAGUCAGCAUGGUGCUGCUGGGGUUGGGGCUGGCCUUGGCCAUUAUCGUGCCCGCUGUGGUCCUCUCCCGCCGGCACACCGGCUGCGGCCCCCAGGCCUUUGCCCAUGCUGCGGUCGCCGCUGACUCCAAGGUCUGCUCGGACAUUGGACGAGCCAUCCUCCAGCAGCAUGGCUCACCUGUGGAUGCCACCAUUGCGGCUCUGGUCUGCACCGGAGUCGUCAACCCUCAGAGCAUGGGCCUGGGCGGAGGGGUCAUCUUCACCAUCUACAAUGCAACCACAGGGAAGGUGGAAGUCAUCAAUGCCAGGGAGACAGUGCCUGCCAACUACAUCCCGGGCCUACUGGACCAGUGUGAACGGGCCCAGCCACUGGGCACAGGGGCCCAGUGGAUUGCAGUGCCGGGGGAGCUCCGUGGCUAUGCCGAGGCCCACCGCCGCCACGGCCGCCUGCCCUGGGCACGGCUCUUCUGGCCGACCGUCUCCUUGCUCCGAGGGGACUACCGCAUGCCCUCCAUCCUCAGUCAGUUCCUGCAGAACGACUUCCUACGGCCUUCCUUGUACAAGACAUCCCUGAGGCAGCUCUUUUUCAACGGCACAGAACCCCUGAGGGCUCAGGACCCAUUCCCCUGGCCCGCACUGGCCGCCACCCUGGAAACCGUGGCCACGGAGGGUGCAGAGGCCUUCUACACAGGGACGCUGGGCCAGACGCUGCUGGAGGACAUUGCCAAUCAAGGCAGCAGGCUGACCCCGCAGGACCUGGCCUCCUUCCAGCCGGAGGUAGUGGAUGCCCUGGAGAUGCCCCUGGGGGACUACACCCUGUACUCACCGCCACCACCUGCAGGGGGCGCGAUUCUCAGCCUCAUCCUCAACGUGCUCAAAGGGUUCAACUUCUCCUCGGAGUCAGCGGCCAGGUCCGAGGGGAGUGUGAACUUGUACCAUCACCUUGUGGAGACGCUCAAGUUUGCCGGGGGACAGAGGUGGCGGCUGUGGGACCCCCGCAGCCACCUGGAUAUCCAGAACGCCUCCCAGGACCUGCUGGGAGAGGCUUUGGCCCAGCAUAUCCGCCAGCAGAUCGACGCUCGGGGUGACCACCAGCUCAGCCACUACAGCCUGGCCAGGGCCUGGGGCCACAAGACGGGCACGUCGCAUGUGUCUGUGUUGGGGGAGGACGGAAGCGCUGUGGCAGCUACCAGCACCAUCAACACGCCCUUUGGAGCAAUGCUGUACUCCCCACGCACGGGUGUCCUGCUCAACAACGAGCUUCUGGACUUAUGCUGGAGGCGCCCCCCGGGCUCCAAGGUCACCCCCCAACCCGCGGUGAAUGGAGACACAGACGGAGGGGGUUCCGGAGGGUGCUGGCUGAAAGUGAGGCCGCAGGUGACACUUGUCCGGCCUCCAGUUCCAGGUGAGCGGCCUCCAUCAUCCAUGGUUCCCUCCAUCUUGGUCAACACAGCCCAGGGGUCAAAGCUGGUGAUCGGUGGGGCUGGUGGGGAGCUCAUCAUCUCUGCUGUGGCCCAGGCCAUCAUAAACAAGCUGUGGCUUGGCUUUGACCUGAGAACUGCCAUUGCAGCCCCUAUCUUGCAUGUCAACAGCAAGGGCCAUGUGGAGUACGAGCCCAACUUCAGCCAGGAGGUGCAGAAGGGGCUCCGGGCCAGGGGCCACAACGAGACCAAGAGUCCCUUUUUCCUGAAUGUGGUCCAGGCUGUGUCCCAGGAUGGGGUCUGUGUGUAUGCCGCAGCAGACCCAAGGAAAGGUGGGGAGGCCUCCGGCUACUGAGGACACUGCUCCUGAGAGCUGCAAUCCGGCCCACCAUCAGUGUGUGCCCAGGCUGGCCUUGACUGUGGGACCAAGCACUCAGGCAGGAUCUGGACCCUUUGGCGGAGGGUCGGCCUGGGGCUACAAGAGGUGGGGACAGCCUGGAAGAUGGACAACUGUGGGGGCUGAGCCCUCUCCCAGAGCCCCCUGUGGCCCUGCCCUGACCCCCAAGCCUUCCCUAGGCCUGUCACCCAAGACUGUGGCCUACCCUCCCCCCAGGCUCCACUCCCCAUCUGUAUACCCUCUAG